AUGUCUACAUUAAGUUUACAAACUGAAGAGCCUAUUGAUUAUGAUAAAGAUUUACCACCACCGGAAAUCGUUACCCAUUUGGUCGAUUUAUUUUUCCAAUAUAUUAAUUCUGUAUUUCCUUUUGUUCAUCGUGGUAGACUAAAGCAAUCAAUCAUAGAUGGAACAGUCUCUAAACCUUUAAUUUGGAGUGUUAUGGCUAUUGCAGCAAGAUUUUCGGACCAUCCAAGUAUUAAGACAGAUCCUCCUUAUUGGGCAGGUGAACGGUUUGCUACAAAAGCAACUUCAAUGAUCAAUGCUUCUUUGCUAGAACCAUCAAUUCCUAAUUUACAGUUUUGGGGCAUAAUGUCAUGCUUAGAAUAUGGACGGGCGUCAGGAACAAAGUCUUGGAUUUAUGGUGGAAUUGCUGUACGUAUUUGUCAAGAAUUAGGGUUAAAUAAAGAAUCUACUUUAAAAACGCUUAUUACAUCAGCGGAUGGAACAAUAGAUUAUGUUGCAAUGGCUUUACGUCGACGUAUCUUUUGGAGUUGCCUUUGCAUUGAUAAAUUUGCAAGUACAAGUAUAAAUCGCCCACAAGGAUUUGGACUAGGUGAAUAUGAUGCUGAAUAUCCAAGUUUAUCAGAAAGUCGACUCUUACGAGAUCCACUUCAAGGAUAUACAAUAGAUAAAGUAGCAAUAUCGAGUGAUCCACUUAUGGAUAUUAUACCUUCCUAUAUUCGUGUCCUUGAGCGUUUUGGAGAAAUUUGUAAAUAUAUGAGUCGCACCAAUAAAUCAAAUUUAACAAUCGUUACCUGGCCUCCUAUCUCUGAAUUUGAUAAGUUAAAUUCUUUGAUGCGAAGUUGGCUUGAUACUUUACCGCCCAUGUAUUAUUUUAAUGCUAUUCAUCUGAAAACUUAUCGAGAAACAGCAAGUCAAAAUUAUUUAAAUUUUUGGUUAUGUUCUCAUGCCAUGUAUUGUACUGGCAUGUUGGCUUUACAUCGUGGUAGUUUGGCAUAUAGUGACCUAACAGCUGCUGAAUUGGCUCCAGAUAUUUAUGAAAGAAUACAAGUAUCUAUUCAGAUAUGUAAGGACAAUGUUAAUAUUGCCAUGGAUGUCUUUGAGGCCCUAAGGGAUAUUUGUGGUUAUAACGUAUUGCCUUAUAUGGGUUAUUGUGCCUAUAUCUUUUCUACUGUCUUGAUGACCUCUGCUUUCUCUUCUGAUCCUCAAUCGUAUGGUAGAAGUAGUGCUGGACUUGCUAUUUUGUUCGAUACAAUACAAGCUUUACGUCCUUAUUGGCCAAUGAGUGAAAAAUUAGCAUUAACUACGCGUGAUAUGCUAUCUACUCAUAGUCGACUUUACGAUGACCAACGACAAGAAUAUGGAUAUAGCAAAAAUCAAAAUAACAUAUCACCAUUACCCCAACAUAAUCAUGAUACCGAUGACAGUCCUGACAUUCAUUCAUUAGCUUCUAUCUCUUCAACAGAAAAUAAUAAUAAUAUUCAUAGCAGUACGCCUAAUACUUCAUCAUUACCUUACCCUUCCUUUAUCUCAAAUAAUAGUAGUCCUAUUUUACCAAUUCCAACCUCAUCUGUCGCAACUAUAGUGCAAUCGUCACCACCACCACCACCACCACUACAACAACAACAACAACAGUUAUUAGCAGCGGUUACUACUGCAAACAAUAAUGAUAUUGAUUUUAAUAGUUAUGAGUUCUUGUAUGAUUCUACCUUAUUUGGACAAAUCAUUUUUGAUAUUAAUUCAUAUAACCCAAAACUUACGAUGAAUGAUAGUGCUCAACAACCCAAUAUCACUUCUUUACCUACUACUACUACUACUACUACUACUACUACUACUACUAACACUACUACUAACACUACUACAAAUACAAAUACAUUAAGUUUGUAUCCUACAACUGAAGCAACAUCACGUUAUUUAUCACCACAACAGCAGCAAAUUAAAUCGACACCUGCAUGGCCUGUUUAG